UAGAAGUAAGAAGACAGUAAAGCAAUGGAGAGAAGGAGAGAGUUUUGAAGUGAGUACGGGCACAAAACAGCAAGGGAGAGUUAAUAGUGGUAAAGUAAGCGGGACAGUUGAUGUGGAGAAGUGAAAAUAUAGACUGCCUUGCAGGUGCUCCGCUUGUGAUUACGGUACCAGUUGUGGUUGAGGAUACAGGCAGCCGUCGUCAGUCGAGUCUGACAGACAGCAAGUGCUCUAACGACGACGUCCACAGGGAAGCCGCUGACAGUCCCAGCAGUGGGUCAGCGAGACAACUAUCGGAUUUCCACAGUAGCUGUUAGUUUCAGAGACAGUAUGGAGUUGUUACAACGGUACUUGAUUCUGCUAGUCUGCGUCGUCCUAAUUCCUGGCCUAGAAGUCGAUGGAGGUGGAGGACCAACGAGACGAGGCCGAAAAGAUCCACGAUCGCCGAUUGUGAGAGAUGAUCAGUCCACAUCUUCGUCUUGGUGGCAGGAAGACAUCAGCGACCCAGUUCUGGAGCAGCAGUCCUCUGAUAUUGCAGACAACACGAAUUUCUUCACGUCAACUCACGGCCUGGUGCAAACCCACCCCCUGGGCAGUGCUAGCGGCAAUCUACCCGGCCAACAGCCUGGGUACCGCACCAUCGACUUCGGACAGAGAGGUCUUCUUGAACUGAAGCGAAACCCCUCUCUGUCAAACCCCGAAGAAUGUGCCAGAGCUUGCCGCGAAGACGAGCCUCCGAAGAUAUGCUAUUACCACUUCACUCUGGAGCUGUACAACGUGCUUGGAGCGGCGUGCCAAGUUUGUACUCCAAACGCUACCAACACCGUGUGGAGUCACUGUCAGUGCAUUCUGGCUGACGGGGUGGAGAGAGGAAUCCUCAGCGUCAACCGAAUGCUGCCAGGACCUAGUAUCCAGGUCUGUGAGGGCGACAAGGUAGUUAUCGAUGUUUUGAAUAGUAUGGAAGGAAUGGAGGUCACCAUCCAUUGGCAUGGAAUCUGGCAGAGAGGAACUCAGUACUCAGACGGUGUCCCUUUCGUAACCCAGUGCCCUAUCCAACAAGGAAACACUUUUCGGUACCAGUGGCUUGCUGGUAAUGCUGGUACACACUUCUGGCACGCUCACACUGGUCUGCAGAAGCUCGACGGCGUGUAUGGCAGUAUUGUAAUCCGUCAGGCGCCCUCUCAGGACCCCAACAGCAAUUUGUACGACUUCGACCUGACAACUCACGUGAUACUCAUCAGUGACUGGCUUCACGAGGACGCGAUGGAACGGUACCCGGGAAGAUUGGCCGUAAACCCGGGUCAGGACCCUGACACAGUUCUCAUCAACGGCAAAGGACAAUUCAGGGAUCCGAACACUGGCUACAUGACCAACACUCCGCUGGAAGUUUUCACAAUGACGCCAGGCAGGAGGUACAGAUUCAGACUGAUCAAUUCUUUUGGCACGGUCUGCCCUGCCCAGUUCAGUGUGGAAGGACACAUAUUGACCGUCAUAGCAACGGACGGAGAGGCCGUCCACCCUGUCAACGUUAACACCAUCAUCUCCUUUUCUGGGGAACGGUACGACUUCGUCAUCACAGCCGAUCAGCCGGUGGGAGCGUACUGGAUCCAGGUACGCGGUCUGGGAGAAUGUGGUACCAAGAGGGCCAUGCAACUAGCGGUUCUAAGGUACGCGAGGGGUCCCUACCAGCCCGGCACCCAGCAACCCAAUUACGAUGUGGGACUACCUCAAGGCGUGGUUCUGAACCCUCUGGAUGCUGUGUGCAACAGACAACGAACUGAUGCAGUUUGCAUAAACCAGCUGAAGAACGCCAAGCACAUCGACGAGGGACUGCUUCAGGAGCGCCCCGACGUCAAGAUUUUCCUUCCCUUCAGGUUCCUGUUCUACAGACCUGAAGAAAUUUUCCAGCCUCACUCUUACAACCGAUACUUGGUUGCCCCAACUGGUGACCACGUCAUCAGUCUCGUCGACGAGAUUUCCUUCGUCUUUCCACCUUCGCCCCCCUUGUCCCAGGUCGACGACAUCCCACCGGAACAAUUCUGUAAUGGUGACAACAGACCCGCAGACUGUGGCUCCAACUGCAUGUGCACCCACAAAGUAGACAUCCCUCUCAACGCCGUUGUAGAGGUCGUUUUAGUCGACGAAGUCCAACAGCCAAACCUGAGCCACCCGUUCCAUCUACAUGGCUACGCUUUCAAUGUUAUCGGUAUGGGGAGGUCACCAGAUAGGAACGUGAAAAAGAUUAACCUCAAGCAUGCCUUGGACCUGGACAGGCGAGGUCUUCUCAACAGACAAUUCAACCUGCCUCCCGGAAAAGAUACAAUUGCUGUUCCUAAUAAUGGCUACGUCGUGUUCCGGUUCCGUGCAGAUAACCCUGGAUAUUGGCUAUUUCACUGUCACUUCCUGUUCCACAUCGUCAUAGGCAUGAAUACGAUCAUUCACGUCGGAACUCACGCAGACCUGCCACCCGUGCCACAAAAUUUCCCCAGGUGUGGUGAUUUUUUACCUCCUAUUAGUUUACACUGAGGAUAAUGUACAUUAACUACAAGGACACAGACGCACUGAAGAGUUCCAUAUGUCUAUUUGCGGCAAAUUGUACCCAAAAUUUCUUGGCGUCUAUUAGGUACAGCAUCAUUUUUUUAAACCUGUUCAACAUUGAUGAAAGAAUAAUUUAUGUACUUAAUAAUUUUACAAUUUUAAUAUGCCAAGACGUUUUGGGAAUGUAUUAGACAUGCGACAGUAUGUCAUUCUCGAUAAAAUCAAAUAAUGCUCAUAUUUGAUUAUCUUUCCUUUGUUGAGAUUUUUUUUUUGUGAAACUCAUUAGAGGAAACUGCUAAAUGAUGCUCCUUACAAAAACACAACAGAAACUAAAUAUAUUUAUCAAGUAGGUGCCUUUCAGGCAAUUUCUAACACUAUAUGAAGCCCAGCAUUUAUAUGGAUUACUUUCAACAUCAUUGUUGUAAACUAUCGUGAAUCAUCAUCGUGAAUCAUUUCUAAUGGCCUGACCAAAUACGAGGAGAGCCCAAAGAAUUCGCCAUCAUCUCAUUACAUCACCAUGUUCACCUCUAAUGAUGUCACGCCUUCAUCUCAUUUCUACAAGUUAUUUGUUAAAAAAGGCUACCAUUAGCUUUAUAGGGUCAAACCCAUUUUUCAUCUUAAAGCUCAUGGAAUCCUUAUUCUACUCAAAAGUAGUUUUUAUACUUUUUAGUGGAAUGGCAGGGACACUGCGUUAGUACUGAAUGUUCAAAGACAACUUAUAUCUCUUUUAAUAUCUCGCAUUCUAAUAUUUAUUUAAUUACGUGAAUGAGUGAAUUACAACUAAAAUAUAAAGAGAAGAGUGCAAUUAUUUUUAUCCACAAAAAUUACAGGUAUUGUUUUGUGGAGAAAAUUAUAAAUAUGGAGCUCAAAAUCAUGUCAGAAUUCCUGACAAAACUCUCAAUUACCAUCAGAAAUUCUAUUCGUAAUUGUACAGAAUCUAUUACGAUUAGCUGUGAUUUUAAUAGAUAUUUUAAUAACUGAAUAUGUGUAAGUGAGCAGUUCCUUCUAGAUCCUCACUUAUCACUGUAUUUUGGUUGCAAUGAACAAAUCAUUUAAGACACUAUUAGAAAUAAAAUAUAUUCUAUCUUGCGUUUAAUGAAGAGUUACGUCGAUUUUACGCUGUAACUAGGUGAUCAAUUUUCGUUGUGUACUGCUAAGGCUGUAAAUAUUUUGUUUAAUGUAAAACAUUUAUAUCAAAAAAUAAUUCUAUAAAUUAUGUCUUUCUUUGUAUAAAGAACACUGUUAAUCUCAAGGAAAAUUUUUUAAUGGAAUUAAAGCGGCCAGCACAGAAUACGCUUACAGAAAAAUUAGCAUAACGUAAUAAAUGGCUAAAUUGUAUUCUGUGUAGUGGCCACAAAAUAAUAACGUUACAAGUUACCCAUUAUAAAAAUAACCAGAAAUCCAUUUAUUAGAGGAACUCAGAUGUGAAACUAGUCUCAACAAGUGAAUUAAUGACAAAUAGUCUUCUUCAGUAUUUCUUAGUGUCAAAUAAAAUCUGUUAAAUUUAACACCAGACAUAUUUCAGUUUUGGUGCAACCUGUUCUGUCGUAAUUCAGAUGUUGUAUUCACAUCAGCAAAUCAAGAUGAUAUUGUUACCGAACAUAACACACUUUGUGUGGCUGGUGAUGUGUGUCACUCAUUAUUAUUAUAUUGUAUUUUUGAGUUAACAAUAAAGUUGUUGAAACUUGUACAUUCAA